CAUGGGAUCCACACUGAGACUCCUGCUUCAGCUGCUCCUGCUCUCACUGGUGUCUGCUUCUCAUUACUUUGGAGGAACCACGACCUUCACCUACAAAGGAAAAAACCCUGAUGGAUCAUUUAAGGUGGACAUUCGGGACAGAGACACAUAUGACGGAUGUUACGACUCCCUCUACUGGUAUUGUUCCAGCGGCAACUGUGGCUAUUCCUCCAGAGUUCAGAGAAAAACACUGGACAGCAGCACCAGUGCUCCGAUGUACAACAGACAAUGGUGUGAAGCUGAGACCGUUACCACACGGGUUGUCUGGGGCAACAAACCUUUUCAAAUGUGGGCAAGUAGCUGCUGCUGGGUCCCCACAGUUUACUAUGGUUGGGGCCACUCAUGGACAUUGAGCACUCUUGUUGAUCUGGGAGAAAGAUCUGACACUAAACAACCAAACAGAUCACCAGAGAUUGCCAUCCUUCCUUUCCUAAGAGUUCCUCAGAACUGCCCGCGGACAUACAGGCUGAUGUCCUUUGAUCCCGAUGGGGACAAAGUCAGAUGCAGAUAUGGAAAUCCAGGAAAUCAGGAGUGCGCCGGAUGUACCCAACAUCCAGGCUUCCACUUGGACCAGGACUCCUGCACACUACACUACCAAAACACUAAUGCCAACCCCAGCGUUCGUUCAUUUGAGAUAGUGGUGGAGGAUUUCCCACAAGGACACAUCAGUCUGAACUACACAGACGGUUCCCGAUCCUACAGGUCUCCACUGUCUGCAAGGAGGAGGAAACGACAGGUCACAAACCCAUGGUACGCACAAACUACAACUACACCCAGCCCCACUACCGCAGAGGAGAUUACAACUGCAGGGUGGGGGUAUCCAGAGACUACAACCACACCCAGCCCCACCACCACAGAGGAGAUUACAACUGCAGGGUGGAUGUAUCCACAGACUACAACUAUACCCACAACCACUACCACACAAGGGACUACAACUACACCCAGAACCACUACCACACAAGGGACUACAACUACACCCAGAACCACUACCACACAAGGGACUACAACUACACCCAGCCCCACCACCGCAGAGGAGAUUACAACUGCAGGGUGGAUGUAUCCACAGACUACAACUAUACCCAGAACCACUACCACACAAGGGACUACAACUACACCCAGAACCACUACCACACAAGGGACUACAACUACACCCAGAACCACCACCACAGAGGAGAUUACAACUGCAGGGUGGAUGUAUCCACAGACUACAACUACACCCAGAACCACUACCACACAAGGGACUACAACUACACCCAGAACCACUACCAUACAAGGGACUACAACUACACCCAGAACCACUACCACACAAGUGACUACAACUAUCCCAUGGUGGUGGACUACCAGAAUACCUUUGCAGGCCACCACUUCUCCCCUCAGUAAACUACCUUUGCAGUUCUCUUUUGUUGGUAAGGAAGAUUUUUCUCAUGAUGCAAUGAUACUUCAAACUGCAGCCUGCACUGUCCUCAGCAGCAGCGUCUCCAGCAUGUCGCUGCUUUAUUUUAAUGUUCAGUACACAUGA